AUUUUUGCAGUCUCUGUUCGAUCGCGGUGUCGCGCGCACUUGUUCUUCAACUUCAAUUGGUACUGUGGUGGAACGAAUCGGGCUGAUCUUUUCGGUUAGUGUUGCAGCAUUUGUGAAUGCUUUGCAUUGGUUCGGUGUUUAUCGAUCUGAUUUUGACAGUCAGUUGAUGAUCGAUCGGUUUUUUGAAGUGAGUUGAAAAUUUUCCACAAGAUAUUUGCGGUUCCCUCACUGUGUGCUAAGACGACUUUCGAUUUCCGAUCAGCGGCGCUGGUGAAGCCGUGGCGAAUCGAGAAGAAAACGAAUUGAGUGAUUCUAACGAUCGCUAGAUCCAUCAUCAUCAUCAGCGAUCACCUGUGACAAUCUGCGAGCCUUAUAGUGAGUAAGUGACGAACCUCGAAACGAAACGAAAACACAGGUGUUGGAGGUGAGCGAAGUGAAUAAAUUAUCGACCUUUCAGCAGUACGUGCGAAGUGUGUUCGAAGCAAAUCGCUUAGAAAAGCAUCCCAGACUUGCGAAAGGAUUUUGAGUGUCUUUGGAGCCGGUUGACUCAAUAGAAGUGGUUGGUUCUAAAAUUAUAGAAACAAAAGAUUCAGUGAAUGUGAGGUGUCUCGAAUCAGGAGAAUAUUUUGUUUUAUCAAUUUGGAAGUAGAAGAUUGUGGUGAUAAGUGCCUUCAACAUUUGAAUACGAGAAGCAGAGCGCUAAAUUGCUUCUGGCUUUAAGAUAGUGGAAUCAAUUAACAACCAUUCCUCAGAUUGUAGACUUCAAAGGAGAAUAAACAAUAACCCCAUUCUAAAAAUACCCGUUUUUUGUUUUGCCGCAUCCGAAACCGAUUGACGUGUUUUCGUUGACUUGGUUUCGCCUAGAUACAUUCAGAAACCAGAUCUUGGAUUUAAAAGAUUACCGGCUACAAAUGACGUAAAACACUGCGUACCUGGAACAUAAAAGUCUGAUUGAAUCUAGUGAUUAGUGAGGAAUAUCAAUUAUCUUAAGAUCUCGCCCUAGUGGCUAUUGGAUAUCGUAGUUUAGUUCAUUUAACUUAGAUGUAAAUGAGCCUCGAACCGCACUCGUAGUCGUUAAUGCUUCCAAAGCCUUGAAUCGAUCCGGAUAUGAAUUUAAAGUUCCUCCCGCAAAAUUUACCGCUAUGAGUAGACGGAGCUUCGCUGCCAGUUUGGGAUCAGAAUGACGGAUGUCGCCCACCCGAUCGCGCCAAUUUCCUCAGUUUCGAAAACCACCCCCGCUGCUACGGACGGCUCGGAAGCGCCGGCGCCGCCUCCGCGUACGGUGUCCUUCAAUCGGGACGUGCAUGUCAAAAGAAUUGGAUCUCGUUCGGAACCACGAACCUUUCCUACCAGUUCAAACGUUCGCAAAGAGCCUCAAAACCUAUCCAAGGAAGCACUCCGAAAAGAAGCUGAAUUUGUAUUAGCGCAAGCUGAUCGCUUAGAUAGAGCACAAUCCCGAAGCAACAGCAUCAACGGUAAUAAGGACAAUAAGUUCAAUUCGCUACCGUCGAGGAAAUCUCGGGCAAAGAGCACACUUACCAGAAGCUCCAGCGAUGCUUCCUCUAAGAAACCUCAAAAAAGUCUUUUGAGUUUGUUUAACAAGGCUAGGAAUGAUGGUCCAGUAAAGCCACCUGAAGAGAAGUCCCGAAUAACCGUGAGUCGUAGUAAGAGUGAUGUUGGCCAAGCCCCUCGACAAGUAAGAGGUCGAACUCCUAGACGUAACACCCAAGAGCUGAAAAAUGAUGCACUAACUCCCAUAAUUGAAGCUUCCCCAGUGGAAUACACCAGAUCCGUAGAUCCGCUUACUGCAUACGCUCAGCAGAAAAAGAGCUUCGGAGAUAGUCAGGAAUUGAAUAUCUCUACUAACCGCCUAACGUCCAAGCCAGUGAUGGAAACGAUCGAGCUUUUACGGCAGAAUUCGAAGUCCCAAGAACGCCUGCACAGCUCCCAAUUGCCACCUGAUAAACCCAACUUGACCAAAGGAGUCACGGUGGAGAAUAUCGUCAAGCGUCUGUCCUCCGAACGACACACUUCUCCACCUCCUGCGCAAAUUGUUCGUGACGGUUUUUCGUACACUCGACCGGGUGAACCAAUUGUCUAUGCCCAAGUCGUCUGUAAUAAUGACAACAAAGCUAAGCACACCGUUCGUAACCACUAUCUAGUGAACACCAGCGACGAAGACGUCAAAAAAUCUAGUCCACACGACGACCUUCUCAACAGAAUGACCACUAAGGAGUACCUCACCAUGAAACGCCCAAGCCCUCCAUUGCCCAAGUACACCCUUGAUGAAACGGACAACUUUCCGCGAACCAAGUUGAAGCCCUAUAAUAGCGAUGAAGACGAAGGAUUGGGCAUAGAUUACAACAAACGCUUUUCAACCUCCUACCUCAAAACGACAACUACCACGGCGGCGGAUUCGUUCACCAACUCGGAUGAAGACCACAUCACUCCGACCGUCAAAUACACUCCUCCAUACAUGGCCCACAGCUACAGUACGAGCUAUCGUGGUCAAGCCGAUGGCAAGGAGUAUUUUCCAGAAUUUCACGAGCUUAGUCAACGGCGAGAAAUACUGGAAUCGCGGAUUCGUAACCGAAUCGGCUCGAGGGAGGUACUGGACCUAGGUUCACCCGAUAGGGACUUGAACAGACAUGCAAGUGCAAUGCGAUAUGAUCAGUACUAUCAAAGUAGUGGUGCGCGGAGGAGUGUUGACCGAAUGGCAAGUGUUUCGCCAGUUCGGAGGAACACUAUGUCACCCCCUCCAGUACAGGAAGAUUUGGUACAGCGCAGGAACUCGAAGAACCAGUACGUGGAGUCAUUUGUCACCAAAACGGUAGUGAAUCGUGAUGGACGGCCCUUCUCGGAGGAGUACGUGGAGCGUUUCAAAUAUCCGAGUAAGAAUGUGGAAGAUGUACGGACGACGAAGACUACAUUCGAGCGGGACGGGUCUGUUGAACGGACCGAGGUGCAGAACUUUACCCGACAUCUGGGCGAAACUAGCCACUCGAGACAUGUGAUGGACAAGGGAGAUUCUGGGAUUGAGAACGAUUUUCGUAAGGACUCGUUGAACAGUGAAUAUCCAACAGGAAGAAAGUACUCAAUGGCUCAGAAUAUUCAUGCUUGUGAGGGAUUUCUGCGUCAUGAAAGAGCUCAUACCAACAGCUGUUUGCGGAAGCCGAAGCGUACAUAUUCGUAUCGAGAGCGAAGCAUAGAUGAUGGCAGCCGGUUCGAUCCUAGGUUGGACGAUUAUCCGGAUUCGGCACGGAGUUAUCCAAAGGAGCUAAAGUCUUCCAUGAAGCAGGAGAAGAAAACUGGAGGGUUAGCUAAGGUUAAACAGUUUAUGAGUUCAACCAAAAAGAAACUUGUUAAGAUGGGCGAAUCGGAUAAGAAGGACUCAAGACAGAGCAGCAUCCGGAGUGAUGAACGGUCACGAUAUGAUGAGCAGUACCAUUCUAAGGUCCCCGACAUUGCCAACCGCCGGCGGUUGUCAACUCCGAAAUCUAGUCCUUCAACGACGAAACGUUCACUUUCUUUCAAAAGUACCUCCAAAAGCGGCGAAACGUCGAAAGCUUCCCGUUCGGAUUGGUUCAAGUCGUUUGACAGGUUGUCUCGUAAGAAGCCGCAAGACUCCAAAUCACAAUUUGGUGGAAGCGAUGUCAAGUCAUCCGCCAGUGGCACAAAACAACAAAAGAGUUUACGGUUUUUCGGUGAUACCGAUACAGAGUAUGCGAACACCGCCCCAGCCAGACCUAGUCGUUCCAAAUCUUCUCUGUCGAAGGUGGAUAAGAGAUACCAGAGCGCUUAUGAUUUGGAAGCGACGCCAAAGAUCCGCGAAACUCGAUAUCGUUCCACUUCUAUGCAAAAUCUUGAUGAGGAAGAUCGAAGAAAUGAGCCUAAGCGAAAAGACUUAUACGACAUCUCCGAGAACUCGACAAGUUACCGAAUGCGAUCUCCGUCGCCGAGUUAUCCGGUCCGACGACAGCAAAGCAUAAGCCGAGACUAUACACCGGAUCGCACCAUCAAUCGAAAGAGCUACAGUCGUUCGCGAGAGAACAGUGUUGAUCACGUCGAAUCCGAACGCUAUCAACGAUCGAGUCGAAGUCGCAGCGAACAACAGCACAGGAAACCUCCAUCCGGUCCACAGAAGCCAGCCCGUAGCUUCGAGCGGCGAGGGAGCUUGACCAGGGACAUGGAUCGCGUCCAGGACAGUUCCGGUACCGAGGGUGAAUCUAGUCAGCAGAGCCAGAGAAGUGUUGUAUUCCUGCAUGCAACUACCGUUGGAGACAUUCCGCAUCCGCACAUUGCAAACGCCCACCGAAUGGCAUACUCGCGGGAAUCGCUGAACAGUGCCAAGAAAGUGCAACCGAUGACCCGCACCGUAUCGCGAUCAGUAUCCGUGUUGGCCCCAUGGAAACCAAAGCACAUUCGAGACGGCUACGAAAUCAACUACCAUAACGAUCAGCAGCAGGUUGUGAAACCGAUCUCAACAUUACCGCGACCGACCAGAAACCGCUCGUCAAGCCAGUCUACGUUGAGCCGAACCAAGCAGAAGACUCGGCGAAGCCAUGCCGGAUCUAAGGAUGAUCUGGACUCGGACAAAAGUUCUUCGUUUGAUAAUUCGCGCAACUCAUAUCGGACGCCCGAUGGCGGCGGAGGUGCAGGCCACCAGACUCAUUCGUUACCAAGGAGAUCGCGGGAAACUGGAUCGGGUUCCGGCAAUACGAAAACCAACACUCUCCAGAAGCAUCGAAGGGCCUAACCUCGUAGUUUUGCUGCUUGAUGUUGACUAAAGUAAUAUUUAAUAAUUUUGCUAAACAGAAGAUCAAGUGAUGUUUGAUUUUUGGUCCUGGAGAUUAGAAAGUAGUCACAUUUUAUAUUUAACAAAAGUGGAUGAAUAUGUCGCAAAAAUUAACGUUGUUCUUCAAAAAAAAAGUAAUAUGCGAACGAGAUAAUUAUACUAAAAAGGAUUGAAUUUUGAAUAAAGAUUGCAAAUUA